GACCUGACCAGCGAGAAAUCUGUUCUGUUAUGGCGUCGUUUGGAAGCGAAGGAAAUGAGGUUGUCGUUAGAAUCGGCGAUAUAAAAAUCAGCCCGGCAACAACAGAAGGUGCGUCGAACGUGUUUUCACCCACGCCGUUCAUACUGACCAGAACAAAGUAAGUUGGAAGUCGAUAUGGUCUGUUUUUGUCGAUGUAAACAUGUAUUCACUUUUAAUUGCAGGGCAGGGAAAUGGAUUAAAUUUAUAUGCGCACCCCCUGUUGAGGACGUAGUUGUUCUUAUUGGACCUCGUUAGAGUGGUCAGACCUAUCAGAGAGUCUUGAUAAAACAGUGUUUAUUUUUUCGGGCGAAGCUUUUUGUAAACUGAUAUCUUGGUCAUUGCUAAUAGUAUUUGCAUAGUUGAAGAUCCGGGCACUGGGCCAACCUUGUACCCAGGGUAAUUUUCUCUUGCACUCUGGUGCGAGGGACGAGAUGACAGGAUGCACAUGCUACAAUUCAAGUUGGCCGAUUUAUUGGCUACAUGCAUGUUAAAACGAGAAAAAGGCUGUGGUUAUUGAUAUAUGACUGUUUCUUUUUUUAACAUUGGCUUUGUUAAUUAAAUGCCACACGCCUAAACUAUUAAUCGGCUGACUAACAUUGUACCAUGAGCAUCCCAAUUUACUGAGGGAAGGGCAAUGGUGUUAUGUAAUACUCGAUCCUAAUCGCUAUAUGUUUAUUUUAAGGGUGGAAAAUUUUUUUAUUAUUUUUCAUUUGUCCACAUUUUUAUUCUGUCGACAGAUGGGUUCCUGAUUCUGAAGCCAGCUUUUGUGUUAUGUGCAAUGAGCGAUUCACCCAAGUUCGUAGACGGCAUCAUUGUCGUGACUGCGGCAAGGUGCUAUGUGCAAAGUGUUGUUUUGAAAAGGUAAUGUGACUCAUGAUUUAAGAUAAUGGAUGCCAAGAAAGUUUCACAGGGUAUAAAAGUCAUUGUGCAUCUCAACUUUGACAUCUUCUCUUGCGUGCAGAUUAUAUUACCACAGUAUGGUGAAGAAGAACCCACCAGAGUUUGCAAUGCUUGUUUUCCUAUAAGUAACAUGAUAGCCCAGGCCAGAUCGAUGCAGAUGGUAUGUAUCAAUGUUUUGUACAAUCAUAUACAUGACCAUACCAUACUAUAUGAUACUAUACAAUACCAUAGUACACACCACCAUACACUACACUACAUCAUAUCACAUCAUACUAUAUACACCACUUAAUUUAACAUAUCAAAUGACAGAAUGCCAUUCCACAUUAUAUGUACCAUAGCAUACUGUCAAUACCAAUGAAAGCACAUCAUACUGUAUAUACCAAACCCAACCAUACCAGUGAAACCAUGCCAUAUCAAGCCACAACAUACCAUAACAUACCAAACCACAUCAUAGCACACCAUACCAAUAUGUCACACCAUACCAUACCAUACCAUACUAUACCACACUGUACUACAUCAUACAGUACCAUACCAUACCACAACCAUACCAUAUUUUAAAGCCAACAUGUUAGGCCAUACUAGUGCAUUCAAUCCACACUACAUGUAGUACAGAGCUUGCUUUUAAAACUAAAAUUAUUUAGGCCCCAAGGUUAGAAGCUGCUAAAAAUUUGGCUGAAGUAUCUGGGCAGCAAAAUGAACUAAAGAAGGUAAAGGUCAUAGUGAUACCAUAUAUAUAUAUAAUAUGUAUAAUAUACAUGUGCCAUGUUUGUGUGUACAACUCUGAAGGGGAUUGCACUCCAAAAGCAGUCUGCCAGUAAUUAUAUGCCCCCUGUCAGAAAUCACCCCCCCCCCCCUCCUGUCUCUUGAUCCAUCUUUGGUUUACAUUCUUUCUGUGUUCAGGUUGUUGAAUCAGGCGGAGUUCAAGCGAUCAUACAUCUUGCACAGACCAACAUCACUGAUGUCAAGGAAGCCGUGGCUGAUGGUCUUAAUAAUUUAGCUCUACAUCCUCCUUUACAUACAAUGAUUGUCCAGUGUGGUGGAAUUAAGGCCAUUUGUAGGUAGGGUAAGAUUAAAACAAGAUUGGUCCACGAGUCAUAUGAUGUGGUUGCGAGAUGCAACACUAUUCUUUAAAUUUGGUGCUCACUUCGUUCCACUUAGUGUUCCAAUAAAAUAUUCUUCAUUUUGUCUUUAUUUCUAUUCUAGUAUUUUAUCCUCGAGUACUGACAGUCAUUCGCAAGCUUUAAUUAAAGCCCUCAGCACACUUAAACUUAUUUCAAAAUCCGAUAAAUUGAAAAUACUAGGUGAGGCACAUGUAAAUUUCUGUCUAAGUAUUGUUUGAUACGGCAUACAGCAGAUAUUCUGCUGUAAUGCUCUCUGAAACCUACCAGCCAAUUUCUCCUCUUUAUUUUUUACCAACAUGCAGUGGUUGCGGAAGGUGCAUUGACGCCGUUAAUGGCUCUGUGUAUGUCAUCUGAUAGUACAGUCACUAUAUUGUCUCUGACAACCUUGGGUAUUGUUCUUGAGAGUCCAGUCAACGUCGCUUCUUUUACAGAGGUAUGUAGAAACUUAACUGUAAACUACUUGGGGCGUAGCGGCUAUUUUCAACCGUUGUAACAUGCUUAAUUAAAAAGCUAUACAACUAUUGAUAUAGACCUCAUAAUUAAUUAAGGAAAGAAACUUUAAUUUAUAAAUAAAUACUAAAGUUAAACCUGGGUUAUACUGUACCAGUUAUUCCAAUCAGCGAACAAUUUGAGAAAGCUUGGAAAAUUACUAUUCGGUGGACAGUGGUAGGAAAUAAGUCUAAAAUAAUGUUACGUCGCUGUUGAAGAGUUCAUCUGUAGCUCAAGUUGCAAUGAAAUUAUUUUACAGAAUUUCAAAAAUGGUCUGCAGACAAUUUUAAGAUUGACAAAAUUGAACGACGAAAAGGUUUGCCUAAUUUCAUAUUACGAUAUUAAUGUUCGCAUCAUGGGCAUAAAACUUGUACGUGCGAUAUGCUAAUUCAGUAAUUGACUCUAAAGAAUAAGAUCUCGUAAUUGCUUUGUUUUAUAUCAGAUCCAAGAAGUGGCGUUACGUGUGCUAGCCUUACUUGCUUGUGGUACGCCAGAACAACGCAGAAGACUUGUUGAGGUGAGAAUUUUUAACACAUCUUGUCUCAGCAAAUCAAUAGAGAGAUUCAGAUCUUACUAUCACCACCUCUCAUUGCGGCUUUGAAACGCAUCUGAUUGGUUAAUCGGAUUUAUGAAACGCACCCGAGUGGUUAAUGGUUCCUUAAUGGUAGCGGUAGUAGAAAUCAAAUCAAAACCUCCGUAAUAUUUUUUAGGAGGAUAACUACGGUGGUAAAUGUAUCCAAAACACGUUGAAACGACGACCUAAGAACCUAGAGGUAUACACUUCUUCAUACAUUGUACAAAAUAUAUUUUUGCUUUAUGAACUGACACUUUUUGUACAAAUUUUUAGGUCUAUACGAAUGGAGCAUGUUUAAUUGCAAACUUGGCGGUGUCUGCUGAUGUUCAGGUAAUUUUAUGUAAAACAUUCGGUUCUAAACUGUCCUCCCAUUCGUGCAUGCAGUAUUACUGUACUACAAGAGGUCGACAGAUAUGCACACAUACAAAUCUCACAACUUGUCAACAAGCUGUGUUCGCAACAGGCUUGUAACAAGCAAGCUUGUCAACAAGUUGUAACAGUGCUGUUAUUUUAUCAAGUUGCUACAAGGUUGUCACUCACAACUUGUUGACAAAUUGUUGAAUUGCAGGAUGAUAACAAGUUGUUGCAACAACUUGUAACGAGUCUGUUAAGCUCGACAACCUUGUAGCAAGUUGUUAACAAGCGGUUGACAACUUGUCAACAAGCUGGGAACAAGCAGUGCGAACACAUCCUGCACGAUGACAAGUUGUUGGAACAGCAUUGCUACAAGUCUGCUGUGGAACCACUCGUCUCGUAUGAGACUGAGGCGAAGUUGCAAUCAGUAAAACUGCAUAUAUUGCAAGAAUGAAAUCCUGGAAACAUAUAAAUACUUAAACUAUAUUUCGUUUUCAACAGUCCUCCCUGAUGGAUUGCAUCGACCUGGUUUGCAAUUUAAUGACCUCACAUGCAGAAAACUUAAACAUUCAGGUAGCGUAUACCAUUGUUAUAUUUGUACAUGCCGAGCUAAGGUAACGACGUCAUACCGGUAUAUAAAUUUUCAACUACUAUAAUUUGUAUGCGUGGUUUGACUUUUAACAGAUUCACGUUUCCAGAGCCGUGGCAAACUUCUCCAAACACAAAGAAAAUGGAAGGUUUUUGGUACGUGUGAUUUUGGAAUAUCCAAAAUGUUCUUUUGCCUUGUAUCAACGUCAUGAACAUCUGACCUGACUUGAAACUUAUAUGGUGGCUAUAUAUAACUACAAGUAUUUUUACUCUUAUUUACUUAGAUUUCUCAUUUGCCUCAAAUCAUUCGUGUUCAUGUCAAUGUAAGUAUGAGUGAACCUAUUUUAACAAUCUAUUCUGCCGUCUGGUCCUACACGAUGAAGCCGGAUUGGCCAAGACUCAAGAGUACUUGCUGUGACUCUUCUCACAUGUAACUGAGGUGAAAUUAUAACCAGACAACUGCAAGUUACAAGAAUCGAAAUCCAUCAACAAAGAUGACAACCAACAUCCUCAAGACAUUUGCUUUUGUAUGUCCUUAACCUACAGCUGUAGGUUCUACUAUAUAUAAGUUUCUAUUUUUUCAAUGGCAGUGUGAUAAACGUGUGGUCAAAGCGAAUGGUAUUCGUGCUAUCUUCUAUCUUUUGGAAUAUCAAUCAGAAAAGACCAUUAUAGCCUUAACGAAGUAAGUGCUCGAUAAGUCAUGGAGCUUUUAAAGUAUAUGACGUGUGAUUUUUGAGGCAACCUAUAGUCAAUUUUCGAAUGCCGGCGCUGCCGUUAACCCGAGGCUUAGUUAACGUGGUUCCACAUGAUCUUUGGAGUUGUUGGCCAGAAAGGUAUAGCUCCAUUGCCUUAACCUACACACGCAAAAGUCUGCCAACAAGUCAACAAGUUGUGUUCGCACUGCUUGUCCCAAUUUGUCCACAAGUAUAUACUAUAUGGAACAACUUAUUAACAGUUGUAACCUUGUUGAUAUUAUCAGAUUUGUUGCAAGGUUGUUCCAACGAGUCCGAUACAGUCACGAUAUAACAAUGUUGUUACAACCUUGUGUCGUCAACCUUGUAACAUUCUUGUUAUAUCAUGACUGUAUCAGACUUAGAACAACCUUGUAACAAGUCCGAUAAUGCCAUAAAGCUUGUUACAAGUUGUUAACAGCUUGUAACAAGCUUGUUGAUAUUAUCAGAUUUUGUUGCAAGGUUGUUCCAACGAGUCCGAUACAGUCAUGAUAUAACAAUGUUGUUACAACCUUGUGUCGUCAACCUUGUCACAUUCUUGUUAUAUCAUGACUGUAUCAGACUUGGAACAACCUUGUAACAAGUCUGAUAAUGCCAUCAAACUUGCUACAAGUUGUUAACAGCUUGUUCCAAAUUUGUUCAAACAAUUGGGAACAAGCAGUGCGAACACAACUUGUCGACAGCUUGUGAACAGAUUUGUAAGAACUUGUUUGUAGACCUGUAACAACUUGUGCAUUUUUACGUGUGUCAUUCAACUAAUUUUUGAAUUUGGAGUUAGUCCCUCAUACUAUGGGGUAUCGUCGCUCUACGGCUCCCCAACUUUUGCAGAUAUAUGAAGCUAAUUUAUAUAUUUUUCUUACAUAGGGAAGGAAUAUCUGGUUUUUUAAAUGGAUUGCUACAGUUCCCUGGCACUGUAUCAGCAGCGAGAGAGACUUUACUCAAACACGUUCCGGAGAUGAGCAAACCAAUGUGAGAAUGCAGCUUGAUUGCGCGAAUUAUUCAGUGAAUAUGGGCUUUACUGGAAAACAACAUAUAGCACCAGUGGAAUAACCACUUCAUUUGCAUUAAUCAAUAUAGGACUGUUUCUGUCUUUCCACGGACAUUUAUGCCCAUUAUGCAUGAUUAUGAAAUAAAAUUAGAAAAUGAAAUGUGAAUCUCUGUCCAGAGUCUGGCAGAGAGGAUUUCAUGAUAUCCGCUUCGAGCAACCAGGGCCAGAAACACACUGUGAAAACAGAUUGGUUAAAAUAAGCUAUAGACUAAAUUUUGAUCUAGGCAAGAAGAACAAAAUCCAUCAACGCAGCUAGAAAGAGCAUGUUAAAAUCAGUAAAAUUGCAAAGUUUGGUUGCGAAAUGUUGUAAAGUGCGGAAAAUAUAGCCCUGCGAAAUUUGGACAUUUUGCAUUUGUAUUACGCGCGGGAAAAUGCACAACAUUUGGAUUUUCCCGUGCGUAAUACAAAUUAAUACAAAAUUUGCAAAUUUCAUAGAACAUAGGGCUGUAUUUUCCUCAUUUUACAACAUUUCGCUACUAAACGUUGCAAUUCUACUCAUUUUAACAUGCUCUUUCUCGCUGUGGUGAUGGAUUUUGUUCUUCUUGGCUAGAUCAAAGUUUAGUCUAUAUAUAGCUGGAAUCGCCCAUUUUAUUGACCAGUAUUUUAUUGGUUAAAACAACCAAAAAUUGGGUUGUAUUGAACAAAUAAUAUUUGUCAAAAGAAAAUGCAUCUUAAGCCCCGUUUACACUAAGCUCAAUUUUUGGUACGGCACGGAUAAAAUUGGUACCCGUACCACUUUUUUGGUUCUUCGACUACCUAUUUAGCUAAGGCCCGUUUACACUACGCUCAAUUUUUGGUACCGUGCCACUUUUUGGUUCUUGGACUACCUAAAUAGGUAGUCCAAGAACCAAAAAAGUGGUACGGGUACCAAUUUUAUCCGUGCCGUACCAAAAAUCAAAAUUAUUUUGACCAAUCCGUUUUUACGGUGCAUAGUGAAUAUAAACAUUAUUUAAUUAGAGCACAGAAACUAGUAUUUGCCAAAAACCAGCACCGCGAUCAGGUGGAUCACAAUUUGUAAUAAUUAUUUGCGUGGAUGGAAUUGAUUCACUACAUAGUAACAAUAUUUGUAAAACUAGUUCAGUUUUGUAAGCUCCAACACAUUUUUUAAUCUAAAUUCAAUAUUCAACAAAAACAUUGUAGUACUAAAAUUAUAGUUUCGUAGAAAUAUAAAUAUAUUUUCAAAAAUGUACUGUAUAUAAAUUUUCUAAAUACAUCAUUUGAUAUAUUCAGUGUGUCAAUGUUUUGACUAUUUAUCCGUGUAAUGCGACAAAAGCAUUACGUCACUAGUUAGUAGAAGAAGAGCCUAAUUCAGCCAAUGAAUAUCGAUUUGACGUGACGUCAUCAGAGUGAAAUCAAAAUGACGUCAUCACAUGACAAUGACGUCAUCAAAGUGACUGUAUGGUAACUCGUUUCCAGGACGACGCAAUUUUAUACUCCCGAGAUUUGGUUUAAUUCUCAUACUCCUAAAAGUGUCAACUUUGCCACUGUGAAACCCACCUAUGUUCACCUAUGGCUAUGUGCUAUAAAUUCUAAAAAAUCCUACUGGACGCAUUUACCCAUGGUUCGUAGAAUUCUUACUAAUAGCAAGCGCCAGUUUCCUAACUACCUGUGUUACAUUCCCAAGUCGGAACUGCAACUCUCUUAAUGCGCUCACAUUGACCUUUUUCGUGUCAAAAACCUCGCUACCAAAUACCGUAAAAUUCAUGGCAGCUGUAAGUCGACUGUGUAACUGUUUCACUUCCAAAAUUUCAAUGUCCAACUCAUCUGCUCUUGUCCAAAGACUCAUGGCUCUUUUGUUCUUAGUUUUCGAGUCCCUUAGCGAAAAAUCGGGUUGAUAUUCGAGUUUUGUUUUCCAGUCUGGUGCCAGAUUAGAAAAGAGUCUAUUACCAAAGGCUAACAUUCCCAUUUGCCUAUGCGAGGCUUCGGUAACGGCUUUGCUAUGAAGACAGGAAAGAUAUUGUUCGCUUGGUAAAGAAGAGUCGCAUUUUUUCUGAUGAUACAUAUGGAAUAUCCCUCUAUCCGUAGCUCUUACGACAGCUAAGUUAGUCUUUAAAAAUUUUCUAUAAAGUUUCAGAUCUUCCGUUCCCCAACCGUGAAUCGAGGUGUCGAAUCCUUUAGUUGCCACAAAAUCAUUUUUAUACACGCAAGUCAUCCCGAAUCCAAAAUCCCGCCAAAAGCCGUUGUAUUUUCCAAUAUGAAGCUGCUGCUCAAUUUCAAGAGGGUUACCAUUGUAGACAAUCUCAGGGUUAUAUAAACUGAAGACAAUAGGAUAAUACACCAUUUGCCCAGGUUCAGUGUAGAAGCGACAUCUUUCUACAAAAUCCGGUGUAAAGAACACAUCCACAUCACAAAAGAACAUGAUAUUAUUUCCCUUUUCCCAAGAAAGGACGCCUUUUUGAAGCCCGACACCACGCGAAAAUGCUCCGUCUUCAAAAAUAAGUUUAUAAUUGUUAAAUUUCUCCCUGUCUUCAAACUCCGAAAGCAAAUGUUUCACUUUUUCGCGGCCUUUCUUGCCAAAAUAGACCACGGUUAAAUAAACCUUGCCGUCCCAGCGAACGCAAAUGUUUCCAAAACGUUUCAAAAAUAUUUCAAAAUUAUCCGUUCGUCCAGAGAGGGGUAGUAUUAGAUUUAUAAUCUCUUGCGAGGUAUCUAAAGUCUCGACAUUGCCUACAAGUUCUAAGUUUGAAAACGGACGUUGAAUUUUAACUCUAUGAUAUUGAUUCGGCUUCGCUGUGAAAAUGAGAUCAUACGCCAUUCCUGUAAUACGAUUUAAUCUACUGAUCCCAUUGGCUAAAUUAUAGCGUUCGAUUUUUUGCUGGCCCGGAAGCUCGUCUUUCAAAACACGCAGAGCGAAAUUUAAUAUUUCCUCGUGUUCUUUGAUACGUGUUCCAAUGGGCCUCCUCGCCGGACGGUCAACAAGUCCAUCUUUGAGGAUACUAAAUAUACCAGCGUGUGUAAAGCUAUCGAAUGGAACAACAGCAAGUUCGUUGUAGGGAGUAUCACCCCUUAAGAAAUCUAACUUCGAUGCCUCGGAUUUAAGUUUACUAAAUUCCUGCGCAUUGACAAUUUUCUGUAGCUUUUCGUAUUUUUUCACUUGUGAAGUCAAUCGUGCAUUCUGCUUCCUGAGGAUGUGAAUUUCUGUAGAGGUUUCUCGUUGGCUUUCUUUGGUCGUCGCCUGUUUUAAUUGAACUUUUAAAGCGGUUAUUGUACGCUGCGUUGCUCGAAGCCGUUCCGUGUAUACCCUGCGUAAAGCAUCCGUAUGUUUUGUGUCAAUUUCCCGCUUACUUUCGCGAACGUUUUGCAAUCGUUCUCCGCAGUAUGACAGCAAUAUAUUGAGCGAAAUCUGAACGGCGACCACGAUAAAUAUAAAAACAAUGAACAACCACGAACGAUACGCGCUAAGUCUUCGCAUGACAUGACCUCGAUCCCACGUGAUUAAAAGUUCACCGUAUUGACCGUACUUAAGAACUCCAAAAUUGAAAUUUACUAUAGGAUCUUUAUCGACUUUAUUCUUUCAAUCUUUCACGACAAAUGAAUGUUUAUUUUGUAAAUUAAC